AUGUCUGAUACUGGCCAAAGAGCAAGGCUCGAUGAAUACAUUGAGCUCAUACGCUUUAAGAAAUCGCUUAAGCGCUGCUACGUUGCCAUUAUUACUCUUCUUACACUGCUCACAAUAGCACUCUUGUACGCUUUGUAUCUGAGUACUAGGCCUCGAGCUGUCCUAUUAGGAGCUGAUCCUUUCAAGUUUGUUCCGUUUUACGCCGGGGAGCCUCUUCAGUGGACAGCUAUUUUCGACAAGAAGAGUCCUUACUACUUAGACUCGACUACUUUCGAUGAUUUGGAGACGACUAAAAAAGCCGUAAGGAGGUUAAAAGUGUUGCACAAUUUAUGUAUCUGCCAACAUGAUCAACGGUGA